CGCAAAAGUAAAAGGCGCCGGUUACAAUCAAUGGGCGAUUGUGUUGGACUACAUCAAAGCUCCAGAACUGUUAGUCAUUCACUUAGUCUUUGAACUGUAGAUCUUCAGAGAAUAGAUGGACAGUAUUUUCUUGAAAAUCAUUCACUUGUUGUAUAUUGUUCAUAUAGUAUCAGGAUAUAAUCCUGUUGGUGAAAAGCUUGAUGCCCUGUUAAUAUCUACAGAAAAAGUGAUUUCCUAUUAUGAACAACACAAUGAAGAGUUCAAUUUUGAUGGAAUAUUCGGUUUAAUUCCAUUGAAAGGUGCACUUAGAAGCAUUGUUUAUAAUUUUUUAAACAAUUAUGAUGGAGAAAAGCCGUCCACCUGGAUAGAUUUAGGUCAAAAAUUUCAUACACAACUUCAAACAGUUGAUAAAAUAAUUACAAAAAGCAUAAUUUUUCUCAACGAUACAAAAGAUCCGUAUUUUAUUGAAAUGGGCAAACUUUUAUCAUUGGAUUGGAUAUUUCCCAAUGAAAAUAUCUUGUAUCAAUCAAACUUAGUGAUUUCAAGCAAAAUUAAUACACAAAAAUCAAAGCAUAUUACAAGUGAUAAUUGUAUCAGCCAAUUGCUGAAAUCAAGAAGUCCAGGCAGUAUAAAUUGUUUUCUUCCGAUGGAUUGUGUCACCAAGCUGUUGAAUUUUAAAUCUCAUGGAUACGAAUUAGCUCAUCAAAUUCUGUACAUACUGAUUACAUUUCAAGUUAAUUGUACUGAUUCUUUAGCCAAUAUGUUAUCUGCUCUUUCGAUUAAUUUUGAAGAGUUAAAAAACCAGCUGUGUUUAGUCUUGUAUCAAGAUCUUGUGAAUUCAUUCUCUUAUGUGAGAACAAAACCUUCCUACAAGGAUAUAUUACUUGAACAAAUUUUUGUCUGUGGCAGUCUUGGUUAUGGAAGAUUUAUUCAGCUAUCUGUACUCAAUGAGAUUUUGUCAUGGCAGCAACCAUCUGGAUGUUUUAUUGCUUCAAAGUAUAACUCCGACGACAAUACAGUGAAGAAUACUAAUAAUAUUAUCUUUCCUAUGCGCCAACCUCUUGCUGAACGUAAACAUAAAGAUGGUUGCCUAUCGCAUAUGACUUCUGUGGCUACAGCUGUACUAAGCUUGUAUUUGAGAGAAUUUUUUAUUCCUAAAUACACGCUGUCUGCAGAUGGAUAUUUAAUGGAUUUAUAUGCUGUUACACAGAAAGUUCUCUGGACAAAAACAUUUGAUUCCCUUCCACCAUUACUAGAAGAUGAUAGUAAUAAUAUAAAGCAUAGAUCACUUGAUACAAACGUCAGAAAAGUUGAAUUCUCAGAUCGUUUAUUAUUUCUUAAAGGAUCAUGGUUAUCAAGGAAUCUGGCAGGUUCAUUUAAUUCUAACAAUGACAUAACUAUAUCGUAUACAAUUUGUCCACUUGCUUUUAGAACAGUUUUUUAUUUUAUUUGUUUCAUAGUUUGUUUAUAUGCAUUACUACGCUUUUGUGUAUUUCGUCGACGAGUAUUCAAUAUGUUUAAAUUUACCAUUAAAACAUAAAUUGUUGUACUCACGCACAUACGUCAGCACGCACACUCACACACACACACGCACAUCAACAAUCACUGUUUUCUUCUUCUUCUUCAAGUUGAUAGUAUGUUUAUUUGUUAAUACUUCUUUUUUCUUUCUUUUUGUUUUUUUUUCUCAUCUUCUCAAAUGUUGAUUUUGUAAUAUAAGUAAAGACAUGCAAUAUGUGAUAUUAAGGAAGAAGUUUUACAGUUUUAUUUACAAAAUGAUAAACAUUUUCAAUAAUAA